AUGGCACCAGAUCUAGCUCCGGCUACCCUCAUGGCCGAUGAGAAGGGCUAUUCCCACAAGGAGGAGAUGGUUCUGCAAUCCACGGACAUAGCAGCAGAACGCGGACACGCUGCGACAGACCAGUAUGGCCGCGCACUAGUGGAGCUUGACCACUCAGCUGAGCGACGACUACGAAUGAAGAUCGACUUAUAUAUCGUGCCCACCGUGGCGCUGCUAUACCUGUUCUGUUUUAUUGACCGCGCAAACAUUGGAAAUGCCAAGUUGGCGGGCUUCGAGAAAGACCUGAAACUAAAAGGCAAUGAUUACAAUAAGGUCUUGUCCGUCUUCUAUAUUUCAUACAUCAUUUUUGAGGUGCCAUGUAAUAUUAUUUGCAAGUGGAUGGGCCCUGGCUGGUUCCUUCCAUUGACCACCCUACUUUUCGGUGUUUGCUCCCUUGGGACCGCCUUCGUCCACGAUAUUCAAUCUGCAUCGGGGGUCCGAUUCGUGCUGGGGGUUUUCGAGGCUGGAAUGAUGCCGGGUAUUGCUUAUUACCUGUCGCGAUGGUAUCGACGCAGUGAGCUAGCUUUCCGCAUCUCGCUCUACAUUGUCAUGGCUCCGCUGGCAGGCGCGUUCGGAGGUCUGUUGGCCUCAGCCAUUCUGAAACUCGACCAUUUCGGUGGUCUGAAGACUUGGCGCAUGAUAUUCGCAAUUGAAGGCAUCAUCACUAUCGCUCUUGGCCUCAUUGCCUUCUUCACGCUGACGGAUCGUCCUGAGACGGCCCGCUGGCUGAGCCAGGAAGAGAAGGACCUGGCGAUUGCGCGUCUUAAGUCCGAGCGUGUGUCUACGACUGAAGUCUUGGACAAGAUGGACAUCGCGAAGAUGAAACGGGGAAUUUUCAGCCCCGUCACGCUGGGAACUGCCUUUAUUUUCCUUCUCGACAACAUUACCGUGCAGGGUCUUGCGUUCUUUGCCCCUACCAUCGUGCGCACUAUCUACCCGGAGAACAGUGUUGUCUCUCAGCAGCUGCAUACAGUGCCUCCAUACGUUGUGGGUGCAUUUAUUACCGUGCUCCUCCCCUUACUGAGCGGGUUUUUUGACCGCCGUAUGAUCUACUUUGUUCUCUGUCCUCCUCUGAUGAUGGUGGGUUAUAUCAUGUUCCUGGUUAGCAAGGACUCUAUGGUGCGCUACGGUGCAACCUUCCUCAUAGCCAGUGGUGCCUUUGUCUUCGGUGCCCUCUGCAAUGCGCAUGUCUCUAAUAAUGUAGUGUCCGAUACGGCACGUUCUGGUGCUAUCGGCAUCAAUGUCAUGCUGGGAAAUAUCGGCGGACUGAUCUCUACUUGGUCGUUCCUUCCCUUUGAUGGCCCUAACUACCAUAUUGGAAACGGAUUGAACCUGGCGACGUCGUCCUUGAUGCUGAUCCUGGGUGCGUUGAUGUGGAUGUGGAUGAAAUGGGACAACAAAAAGCGCGACAAGGCGGAUAUCGAUCAGGCUCUGGCUGGAAUGUCGCAGAAGCAAAUCCAGGACUUGGAUUGGCGCAACCCAGCCUUCCGGUGGCGGACAUAG